AUGUCAGCCAUACGAGAUUCUGUCAAGAUUGACUCAGUCUUAUUGAAGAUCUUGAAAGUUCAAGGAUGGAGGCGACCGAAGGAAGAAUCUCGGAGAUUAUCUUUACCGUACUCUCGACCAUUAGGAAUCGUUACUUCAGCAGGUUCCAAAGGCUCCACGGAACAUGUCAUACGAGAAUUGAACCAGAUAAAACAAGAGAAAAUCACUUUCAUCUAUGAUCGAUCCAUGAUUUUGGGUCUUCAGGAGAGUUUGCGUGGUCAUUUACGAACUUCAUUUGAUUUACAAAGAUUUCUAUUACCACUGGACGACCUUUUGAUCCGUGAAUAUAUGAAAAUCACAGCAUCGACAUAUAUCUUAACUUCUCGCCAGGAAGAUUGGUCAGGAGACCUGACUAAUUAUAAGAAGCUCUUCGAGAUGGGCCAGAUGAGAUUGGUCAAUUCCAUCUUACGCGAUCCGAGAUUUUGGAAAAAUGAUAAAUGCCAGGAUCGGCAGUAUGGUCGAUCAGAAUUUUCAACUACUUCUCCAAUAGCAGAAGGUGACAGAGGGAAUUUGGAAGCGGGAACAGAAAGCAUUUUCUCUUUGCAUUACCGAAGAAGACAGAGAAAACCUCACGUAUUAUUCGAGGCGGUACGAAAACAGGAUAUCGACGAUAUUUUGAUGGAUAAUCUCACUAGGCUAGGCUCAAGGUCAGGUACUUGGGAUGAUCAAUGGAGUAUCGAGAUUUCUGGAGACGGCCAGAGUACAAAAGUCACAGGCUACCUUGAACCGGAUCCACAAAUAGUGGAAAAUGUAAGGUUGCUACAUCAACAGUUGUGGUUGAAGAUGUGGCUGAAUCAAUGCGACUACUACAUCCUAUACAAUUUCUCUUCGAUAUUGAUAUAUCACCUUACGUCACCCACUCAGGCCCGAAUGUCAUAUGUCGUUCCUCUCGAAAAAGCUUCAAGUCCCGAAUUCAUCGCCACAGAGAGAGUAUCGCAUUCCAGAAGAUGGGGUCGCAUCUUAGAGCAGGAUCGAAAAAGGCUUGAUCUACCGCGACAGCUCCAUCCAGAUUUAUGGACUCUCAGACAUCCGUUCUCCCGAACCAGACUUAAAAUUUGUUCUCCUUGUGUCCAAUCAAUUUCUCAAAUACCUCUUCUCCUUACCUCACCUGAGCAAAGCUCAUCUCGACGGGCGCUGGAUCCUUCGCGGUCCGAAUCUUCAAUUCUUAUGAUCGGUGAGCCUAUCUCUUGGGGUUAG